CUUUUUAAAGCUUUAGUCAUCACAUGUCACAGAGCUGGAGGUACCCCCUGGCCCCCUCUAGUAAUUGUACUUCUUUUUUUUUUUUUCUUUCUUUUUCAAUCACUGCUCGGAAGUAAUGAACAGACUGCUUCAUCGAAUUGUGAUAUUCGUUAGGUUUACUUCGUUGGGAAUUGGUCACAUGGAAGAGAUGUCCACUUGUAGUUGUAGCAGAGCAGAGUUACAGAUUGCUAAUUCCUCAUGAAGAGAAAAUCCACUUCGACCGAUCACAGUUAAGAAUGCCUUUAUGGGUAAUUGGGUCUCUCUCUUUUUAGUUCCAUCUCCACCAGUUGAUCUGGAAAAACGGGUCUUUGGCUUCUUUUCUUCUUCGUGAAAACUGUUCUUCAUGCCUUUCAAUUGAUUUUCAUACUUCUGCUCAGCUUUUGAACUCUCUCUCUCUCGCUCUCAUUCACUGCCGGCGGUGUGUGGCUGUGGGUGUUGUCUUUGUUUUCUCUGGGUCUGUAAGCAGUUGCUCAGAUGGGGAAACUGAGAUUUGGCAGGGUGUUGGACUGUCUUUGUCUUUCCCCUGCCUCAAACACAUCUUGCUUCUGCAUGAACUUCUUGGAUACCCAAGAUGAUAUGGAGUUCGAUAGGAAGCCACUUAUUGGAGGAGGCAAUGGAGGCAAGUUGAUGAAAUUAAAAGAUAUCUUUGAAGAGAAGCAAACCUUGGCCUUUCAGCUGAAGCCCAAGAUGGUUGUAUUAAGGGUGUCCAUGCAUUGCAAUGGCUGUGCAAGAAAAGUUGAGAAGCACAUCUCCAAGAUGGAAGGUGUAACCUCCUAUAAAGUGGACUUGGAAAGCAAGAAGGUGGUUGUAAUAGGGGAUGUUCUUCCCUUUGAGGUGUUAGAGAGUGUGUCAAAGGUCAAGAAUGCAGAGCUGUGGGAGUUCUCCUGAUUGAAAGAUCAUACCAAAAAGAGAUUCUAUACUCAGUUACUAUUGAGUUGGAAAUAAAUUUGGCGGGUUCUUAUUCCUUAGGUUUUAGAUGGGCAAAGUAUAGAUAGAAAGGCAAACAUGGCUGCUGAGGAUUAAUCAAGAUCAGCAGUUUGAAAACACAGUAUAUCUCUCCUUCAUGUAAGCUUUGCACUGAUUUCUGUGCUUCCUUUAUGUGUUGUACCAUCUACUAACCAAUCUAGUUAUUUGACUAAUGCCCAAUUCUGAUGUAUGGCAUUUU